AUGCCAUUCAAAGAUAUCUUACUCAACGACGGUCGCAAAAUCCCCGCUAUCGGAUUCGGAUCUUGGAAGAUCCCCAAGGACGUCUGUGCGGGUCAGGUGGGACAGGCCAUUGAUGUAGGGUUUGAUCAUCUCGAUACAGCUCAAGUGUACAGGAAUGAAGAGGAAGUAGGUCAAGCAUUAAAGGAGAGUGGGCUCGCAAGAAAAGACGUGUGGAUCACGACUAAAUGGAGUGGUGUGGAUGAUAAAGAUCCUAAAACCUCAUGUGAAGAGAGUCUUCAAAAGCUGGGUAUAGAGUAUAUCGAUCUGUACCUUAUUCAUCAUCCUAGAUUGUGUAAAGGUGAUAUCGAGGGGACUUGGAAGAAGAUGGAAGAGUUGAAGAAAUUGGGUUAUGUGAAGUCGAUUGGUGUUUCCAACUUUACCAAAGAAAAUCUCCAAGAGCUUUUAGCUUCAGCAUCCAUCAAACCCGUUGUCAAUCAGAUUCUCCUUCAUCCCUACGUUAUCAAAUCGACCACACCCCUUCUACAAUACAUGUCAAGCCAACAUAUCGUCCCAGAAGGUUACUCUUCCCUUAUCCCACUUACUUCCAAACCCGGUGGUCCGGUUGAUAAACCCGUCAACGACAUUGCUAAGAGAUUGAACGUUAAACCUGAACAAGUACUUCUUGCCUGGUCGAAGGCCAAAGACGCGGUCAUCGUAACCACUUCCUCCAGAAAGGAACGACUCGAAGGCUACCUCGACGUUGGAGAUAUCGUUCUCACAAAGGAUGAUGUAAAGGCUAUCGACGACGAAGGUGCCAAAGGCGAACUCUGGGAAGAACGAAAGAAGCAAGCAGGAGUUAUGGCCAAGUACGUUGCGGCCGCUGGUCUCUUGGGUUACCUCUUGUACACCAGAUUGUAA